UGCCACAGCUCUCUGUUCACUCUUUGUUUGUUUGCCAGCAGGCUAAAUUUGCUCUCCAUGACAAGUAUAAAAGAACACCAUCUUCUCCUUCCCAUCAAAGAGGAUACUUACAGUUACAGAACUGCCGCGGAUGAUAUAGAAGACUUUAGAUGAACUAAAAAACAGGGGAAUAAGCAAGCAAUGGGAAACUAUCAAGGAAAACAGAAUGACAAGGUUGUGAUUGGUUAAACAGCUUUUUUUUGGAAAAUCAGGUUUAAUAUAGGUCACAAUUUCGGUUAAAUCCAUCUGGAAUCAUCUUCUUCUUUCUAUCAGCAUUGUGGAGAGGAUGAGUAAGUGUAAGAAAGAGUUGAGUGAGAAAGAGAGAGAACGGUUGCUCAUCCGCAGGGCCAGCGGAGCCAACGCCUCUCAGCUGGCUCAUAUGGAGAAGAUGCUGCAAGAAACCAAAGGCCUGCUGGAGAAGAAGACAGAGACAGAGAGCAAAGCAUGUGGUGACACUAUGGUGUCAGAUCUGGAGCAGAAGGUCCAGCGCAGCAAGCGAGACCGCCGUAACUCCCUCCACCGCACACAGCUGCUGGAGAGUCAGAUGAAGACGGUUCGAGGUGAGCUCGUGGGCACGCUGGACCACCUGGAGGAACUGCGCAACAUAUUGCGUCGCUCACAGCAGAAAUCAGAAGAGCGGGAAGCAGCCAUGCAAAAACUUGCUGCAGGGCUGAGGUGAGACAUCACCUGUCCACCUUCAGUUCAUCUCGUCGUGAAGACUUGACGGCACCGCUGUUCAUCUGAAAUAGUU